AUGGAACCCCAGCGAUCGCCACUGCCCUAUUCGGCCACAUACUACUACUACCCACCCUCGCCGAACACAUCGCCCGACGAGUACGACCAUGUAUACAAUGAAAAGGACGCCUACGAGCGACAGCAGACUAUCCGCGCAUGGCCUGCCACCAAGUCCAAGUCGAGCAAUCGCCGUCCCCGUGAUUCCGUCAUCUCGCCCAAGGCCUCGUCUCCGCCAAGCCCCAGCAACAGCAGCGUCUCUUCUGCUGGCCGACGACACAGCUCAACCCCAGAGAUCCACUAUUCACCGCCCGUCAUACAAGAUCGAAACAUUGCCAUUCCCCCGCAAGCCCAUCUCGACCCGGAGAAACGAGGUCGACUCUCGCCAAACCGCCUCGCGUCAGGAACAGACGUAGAGGCAGAUGCCGUUGUCUACAACCAAGGCGAAUUCCACGAGAAAGGCCCAGAAGAGAAGACAUGGCAGUUAUUGCUCUACCUUUCUGGCCCGUGUGCGCUGCUUUCCUUAGCCAUCAGUCUCUGGACAGUGGUCGCCCUCCUCAUCUCGCUCCUGCUAGCCCCCCUGCGAUUAUGCACCACUCGCCUACCACUGUCAGAACAACUCACCGUCUUCCUUGCGCCAGCACUGAACCUGCAACUGCACCUCGUCUACUCGCACAAUUCAGCAACCAGCUAUAGCCCGCCUAUGCUGGUCGUCACCCACUUGUUCUCACCCGUCGUCGCUUUUGGCGUCGCAAUCGCCGCAUGGACUGCCGCCGCAUUCUGGAUAUUCACUUCCAUCCUGGGAGAUCCCGGGGGCAACGACGGACACAACGACGGCAAAGAGAGCAUUCUCGGCGUACGCAAUUGGUGGGAGAGGUGGCUCUCACGAGGACUGAGAGCAACGAAUGCAUGA